AUGACACCUCAAUACAUGAAUAUUUCAUACCAUGACCUCCUGAAAGCCACAUCUGGUUUCUCUUCAGAGAAUGUCAUUGGCACGGGGGGUUUUGGAGUUGUCUACAAGGGUAUUAUGGCUGUUGAAGGAAUCAUCACGAGUGUUGCUAUUAAGGUGCUAAACCUUGAGCAGCGGGGUGCUUCUAGAAGUUUCUUAUCAGAAUGUGAGACUUUACGAAGCGUUAGACAUCGUAACCUCAUCAAGGUUCUAAGCUGCUGCUCUAGCAUUGACCACCGAGGAAAUGACUUCAAGGCAGUGGUGUUUGAGUACAUGCCAAAUGGCAGCUUGGAAGAAUGGUUGCAUCCGAAAGAGUCUAUGAAUUCACAGCCAUUCGAAAGUCUCAGCAUCAUGCAGAGGCUGAACAUAGCAAUUGAUGUUGCAGCAGCACUGGGCUAUCUCCACGAGCAUGGUCCUGUACCGGUUGUGCAUUGUGAUCUGAAACCUAGCAACAUACUUUUGGACAAUGAAAUGAUCGCACAUGUUGGAGAUUUUGGACUGGCAAGAUUUUUGAUUCGACAAGCGAACAUCAGCUCUCCAUCUAUGACAAGCGCGAGUGGGAUCAAGGGCUCAAUUGGCUACAUUCCUCCAGAGUACGGAUUUGGGAGUCAAGCAUCUACUGAAGGUGAUAUUUACAGCUAUGGAAUUCUUCUGCUAGAGACUUUCACCGGAGUGAGCCCUACGGAUGAGAGGUUCACUGAUGUGUCUAGCCUUCACAGCCAUGUGAAGAUGGCUUUUCCAAGCAGAGUGUUGGAUGUAGUCGACAGCAAAAUGUUCUUAGAGCGCCAAUGCCCAGGAACCAAAACAGUGUGUGCUCCCAAGAGCGCCCAUGACUGCCUGGUUUCAGUUUUGCAGUGUGGGAUCCAGUGCUCCAAGGAGUCUCCAAGAGAGCGUGGGACAAUGAAGCAGGUUGUCAGGGAGUUGGAUUCAGCAAGGAUGCUUCUGCUUCGGUGA